AUGUCUGGACCCCCUCCAGUAUUUCGGGCUACAUAUUCGAAUACUGAUGUGUAUGAAUGUGAUAUGAAUGAGUCUCCCAUAAUGAGACGUUGUAAAGAUGAUUGGGUUAAUGCUACACAAAUUUUGAAAUGUUGUAAUUUUCCUAAAGCAAAGAGAACAAAAAUCUUGGAAAAGGGAGUUCAACAAAGUAAACAUGAAAAAGUUCAAGGAGGAUUCGGAAGAUUUCAAGGUACCUGGAUACCUCUAGAUGAUGCUCGUAGAUUAGCUGCCACUUAUGGAGUAACAAAAGAAUUAGCACCAGUAUUAUUUUUAGAUUUUACUGAUCCAAACUUAAUUAUACCGAUGAAAGUAAAACCACCUCCAAAAGAUAGUUCAUCAACAAUUAAAAGAAAAUAUGUGAAGAAACCAAAAUUACCUGGUGAUACUCCAAGAAAAUACAAGACGGGUAAAAAAGCAGCACUUCAAGCUGCGGAAGAAGCAGCUGCAAAAGAUUCACAUUCAAGUCAACUACAAGAUUCAUUUUCAUCUCAAGAUUCAACAAUGGUCAAUAGCAGACAAAAUUCAUAUAAUGGACAACAAUUUCCUCAAAUGUACAAUAUGAGUCAAAAUAUGGUAUCACAAUCUCAAGACAUAGACCAAUCAUAUAAUCAAAAUAAUAUACCAAUUAAUGGAAAUAAUCUACCCUAUGCUAAUAAUUUUCAAAAUCAACAAUUACUACAAAGGAUGCAACAACAACAACAAAGUCAACAAUUACCACUACAACAACAGCAACAACAACAAGCUCAACAAGUACCACUUCAACAUACUUUUCCACACCCUAAUCAAUUAAAACAAUUCCCAAUUCCAAACCAAUUACAACAACAAAUUUUUCAGCAUGGAAAACUACUGUCGUCACAAUCCUCCAAUGAUACCAAUUGGUCUAUUAAUCAGGACCAAAAAGACAGUGAUACCUCCAUUAAUUCAAAUCAAGACGAUAGAAAAGCCUUUGAUAAUAGUCAAUAUGGACAACAAGAUUCAAGUCCUUCAGAUGAAAAUACUUAUGCAGCUCAACUUUUGAGAUUUUUUAGUGAAGAUAAUGCGGAAAUCCCAUAUUUUGUUCAAUUUCCACCAAAUGAUUUCAAUAUAAAUGAACCAAUUGAUGAUGAAGGUCACACUCCAUUACAUUGGGCAGCUUCAAUUGGUAAUUAUGAAAUGAUUCAUGUAUUAAUAAGUAAAGGUGCUAAUCCAUUAGUAGUGAAUAAUUUUGGAUUAAAUCCAUUAUCAAAAUUGAUUUCUUUCAAUAACUGUUAUGAAUUAAGAAAUUUUGAUAAAGUUUUGAAUGACUUGGAAUUAUGUUUAAUAAAUACAGACAUUAAUGGAAGGACGCCGUUACACUAUUUAUGUCAAUUUGCAAAAGCUAAAUCUAAAUUUGAAAGUCUCAAAGUUUACCUAAAUACUAUUUUGAAUAAAUUAACAAGUUUGUCUAACAAAAAUCCGACAAAACUGGUAGACUUAAUGAAAAAUGUGUUGAACCAUCAAGAUGUUCGAGGUGAUACUUGUUUGCAUAUAGCUAUUAAAUCAGGAUGUAUUAGUUUUGUUAAGACUUUAUUAAAGUAUGGGGCUAGAGAUGAUGUAGAAAAUAUCAAUAGAGAAUCAGCAAGAGGAUUAAUUGUACAAUAUAAUUUAAUACCAAAUUAUGCACAAAUAGAUGCUGCUCAAACAGCUUUCCAACAACAAAUAAGUAUGAGAUUUCAAAAUAUUCCUCAACAAACACAACAACUACAACAACAUCAAUUGCUUCAACAACUACCUCAACAACCUCAACCGCCACAACAGCAACCACAACAACAUCAGUUACAACAACCUAUCUCAGAAAUUUUGUCCAAUGGUUCCAUGAAUUUAGAAGGUCUUGCUACUCCAAUACAACCACCUCAUAUUAGUAGAAUGGAAACUCCAGAUACUCAAAGAACCACAGUGCAGGACGAUGAUAUGGAAGAAGAAGAGGAUAUUGCAAGAGUUGAUAGCAAGCAUCUUGACGCACUAAAUGAUGAUAAAGAAAAUAUAUUUAUGGAUAAACUGUAUGAUAAUAUUUCAACACCAAUUCAUAGAAAUUUUACAUCCAAUGGUCAUCAACCUUUAGCAGUUAUUUCAGAAGUUGAAGGCUCAACAACCCCUGGAAUUAAUAAUAAUUUGCAAACCUUUUCUGAGGCCAUGCAAGAUAAAUCAUCACCACAUCAAAAACAAAUGGUGGUACCAAACAAACAUAACAACUCAAAAAUAUUGAAAAAAAUAAAUCCACCUAAUUUGAAUGAGGACGGUAAAAUUAUUGAAGAAAACCCAAACAAAUCAACUUUACCAUUUCAAGAUUUGUCAUCAAUUAUUUCCAACAUGAUAAAUUCUUAUUCAGAGUCAUACUCCGAAGAGUCAACCAAAUUAGAUAAAGACAUUGAGAAAAUGAAGAGGUCAAUAACAGCAAAACAAAUUGAGACUCAAAAUUCAAUUAAACGUAUUGUAAAUUUAUUUCAAAGUUCAGGAAUUGAGGAAAUUGAUAUUAAGUCAGUUGACCAAGCACAAAAAAUUGUAAACAAUUACGUCGAGGUUUGUCAACAACAAAUAAAUGAGAAAGAAGCCCAGUUGAUUAAUAUAAAUCAAAAGAGUCAAAGAUCUCAACUAACAAAUUUAAUUGAAGAAGAAGAAAUGAAAAUGAUGGAAAAUGAACAACAAAAUCAAUCAGAAGAAGAUGAAGAUGAAUUGAUUAAUGAAACAAAAUUUGAUUACGCUUUAGAAUUAACAAAUCUACAAAUUAAAAGACAAAAAUUAAUUAAAGACAUUACUAAAAGAACUAAAAAAUAUGGAAUUGAUGAGAAGAUGUAUAAAUAUAGAAAACUAUUGAGUUUAAGUUGUGGAAUUAGGGUUGAGGAUAUUGACAGUUUAAUUGACGGUAUUGCUGAAUCAUUAAAUGAUGGUUCCAAUUUGUAA